AUGACUUUGACCACGAGAUCGUCAAAGGUUUUACCCGGUGAGUGGGUGAAGGGAAAAAUGAUCGGAUCAAGAUCUUUUGGUCAUGUUCACAUAGCAAUGAGUAAAAUCAAUGGGCAUCUUUUUGUGGUCAAGUCUUCGAAAUCUAUAGUAGGAUGGAAGUCCCUUGAAAAUGAGGCUGGAAUUCUUAUGAAAGUAAGGAGCUCCGGAUGUUUUGUUAAAUGGCUUGGAAAGGAGGUUACUCUUGAAUCAAAUGGUGAAUAUCUACUAAACAUUUUCUUGGAGCACGUAGGAGGAGGUAGCAUAUACGAUAUAUUCAAUAAAUUUGGAGCUCAAUUAUCAGAAGAAGUUAUAUGUUCAUAUGCGAAACAAAUUCUUACAAGUUUACAGUACUUGCAUGAAAAGGGAAUAGUGCAUUGUGAUAUUAAGUGCAAAUUCUCAUGGAAAUGUCAAAUUGGCUGA